AUGGAACGGAGGGCAGUUGAUGCAAGUUUCUUGGUCGGAAGAAUAAAGUUAAUUCUGUGCUAUAAACAAGUGUAAUUCCUUUCUGUUGGUUCCGAAUCAUCCCCCACAAUUUUGGCGACGAGGAUUAACAAUGGUAGAUGAUAGCCGGCCAGUGCAGCAAUUUCGUUGCGAUGAUAUUGAAAAACAUCGUUUGUAUAAUGAAUGGAGGAUCUGGAAGGGCGCUUUAGAGUGCUAUUUCGAAGCCUACGAUAUCGAGGAUCAGAAGAAGAAACGAGCCAAGCUUCUCCACUUGGGAGGACCUCAACUCCAACGUGUUUUUUAUAACCUUCCGGAUCGUGAGAAUUUUCCUCUCGUUUCGGUGGAAAAGCAAUGGUAUGACGUCGCAAUCAAUGCACUUGAUAGAUUUUUUCAACCGUGCCGGCAGGAUUGUCUUGAACGUCACAAGUUAAGGCAAAUGAAGCAAAAAGACGGAGAAAGAUUUUCUGACUUUACGUUGCGAUUACGGCAGCAAGCUUCAGAUUGUGGCUUCGAUAAGUAUCCGAUCGAGGUCAGAGAUGUUUUAACAGAGAUGUUUCUUACGGACGCGAUAAUUGAGGGUUGUUUGUCUGUGGAUUUACGCCGUCGCAUCUUACAGCAAGAUCGUUCACUUACAGAGAUAGAAUCUCUAGGUGUAGCUUUGGAGAGUAUCGAAGUACAAGUGAGGGACUUAAACGGAAAGCCAAAGGAGAAUUCUGUUGGACAUCAUGCGUACAAAAUUACCGCUGCAUCUGACAAAGGUCGCAAUCCUAAGCCACGAGAAGUACAACACGAUUUUAAGAAGUUUAACAAAUUCUCCUACCCUCGGAUCUACCGAUGCUAUAACUGCGGCCGGCGCGACCACAUCUCUACUGACAGGGGAUGCCCAGCACGAAACAUCGAGUGUCGUAGGUGUAAAAUUACUGGACAUUAUGAGUCUUGUUGCCGUCUGCGAAACUCGAAGAAGCCAAUUUCGUCAGAGAAGAAUCGAAUUCGUGCUGUAGAAGAGGAAACAAGCGUACACACUCAGUUAAAUAAAAGACACUCAGAGCAGCCAGACUCGAAUAAAACCUACUAUACAUUCUAUUCGGGGAACAACACCAAUGUUAUCUCGUGUAAAAUUGGUGGAGUCGAUGUGGAUCUACUCGUCGAUUCGGGAUCGGAUGCCAACCUCAUUCCGGAUUCAGAAUGGGAACGGUUGAAACAAGCCAAGGUCGUCGUACGCAAAUGUAUCAAAGGUAGCUCCCGAAUCCUAAAAGGCUAUGCAAACGACUCGCCUUUGCCUAUCAUCGGAACAUUUGUAGCAAAUGUUAAAGCUGGAAGCAGUUCGGUCGAGGCAGAGUUUUAUGUCAUCAAAGGAGGACAGCGGUCUUUGCUCGGCGACAGUACUUCCAAACAGUUGGGACUCCUCAAGGUUGGAUUGGACGCGUACCAGGUUUCGAGUGAUACAAAACCAUUCUCUAAGAUCAAAGAUAUCCAAGUGCAAAUUCAUAUGGAUCCGACUGUAAAGCCAGUUUUCCAACCCAUUCGGCGAAUCCCAAUACCGCUUGAAGAGGCCGUCAAUCGGAAGUUGGAGCAGCUACUCGUUAAAGAUAUAAUCGAGGUAAAGCAAGGGCCAGCAUCUUGGGUGUCUCCUCUCGUUGUCGUCGGUAAGUCCAAUGGAGAACCUAGGAUUUGCCUGGACCUUCGUCGCGUCAAUGAAGCGGUUCUUCGGGAGAGACACCCGAUGCCCGUCGUCGACGAGUACCUUGCAAGGUUAGGAAAAGGAAAGUACUGGAGUAAGUUGGACCAUCAAGGAAGCGUUUCUACAAGUCGAGCUAGCGGAAGAGUCACGUGA